AUGAAGAGUAUUAACAAUCAUUCAUUUGGCUUGAAGCUUUUUUUAUUUAUCAUUCCUAUCGUUUUUGCUCAAUGCGAUUACAACAAUACCAGCGGAUGCAUAUGCCUUAAAAGUGAUGCUAUCGGUGGUCUCAAAUGUGGACAUGAAUUAAACAAUGGCUGCCCUUCUGAUACUUCUUCUAUUUUUCAAUGUAAUCCUGGCGGCACCAGAAUUUGUCGAUUUGGUCCUUGCGCAUAUGGUUGUUGUGCAACUGGAGACGGAUAUAGCUAUUGCUGCAAGGACAGUGUAUGCACAAGUUGUCCUUCUGGUAGUUGGAUAAAACCCAGUACCAUAUCUCCACCACCUACUCCCACUACAAUAGCUCUUCAACCUCCUAGUACAAAAAUCAUCAAUAAUGAUGGUUUAAAUCUUAUUAAACAAUUUGAAAGCUUCUCUCCUACCUUUUAUCUUGAUCCAUCGAAUAUUAAAACUAUUGGCUAUGGCCAUAAUUGCUAUUAUGAUCCUCAAAAAUGCAAUCAGAUACAUCCUCCAAUAACCGUUGCUGAGGGAGAGAAAUUACUUAAUGAAGAUUUAAUCACACCUGAAAAUGCCGUUAAUAAUCUCGUUAAAAUUAACCUUAAUUCAAACCAGUUUUCCGCAUUAGUUUCGCUCACUUUUAAUAUAGGUUACGGUAACUUUGAUAAAUCUGAUUUGCUCAUAAAGCUUAAUGCUGGCGAUACAAAAGGUGCAUCUGCUGAGUUUGGCAAGUGGGCUCAUGAUAAUAGUGGCAAUGUGUUACAAGGUUUGGUAAAGCGUCGUGAAGCAGAACGA